AUGAGAGCUGGUCGCAUUCAAAAUGUGGACGGAUUGUUUACUAAGCAUAGCAUAGAUGAGUUGAAUCGUAUAGUUCGCCAGAAACGAGCUGAUGUGGAACAUAAAAAGGAUGAGCUACGUCACCUUGUCGGUGAAAGACAUCGAGACAUAAUUGAUGCUUCUGAUCGCAUACUGUUUAUGAAAAACCUUACUUAUGAGGUUUCUGUCUUGUUGGAUCAACUAAAGCUAAGCUUGGCUACCUGGAAUCAAGAUAUGGAGACGAAAAUAAAUCCUUCCAUUAAAACACAAUCUCACGAAUUGUCAACGGCUUCGCAACUGAAAUUGAUGCUCGACAUACCAGAAUUAAUAUGGAACUAUAUGGACUUGGGGCGACACUCUUCGUCUGCAAGGUUGUUUUUCCUUGGCAGAUAUCUAAAUGCCAGGCUUAAUCUCAGUUGUGAGCAGCAGUUUUCUCACGUAAAUGCCAAUGUUCUUGUUAGUCGGGCAUGGGACUCUUUGGUCCAUAUGGAAGUAGCUGUAUCAUCAGCAUGUCGAAAACGAUUGUCUGCUCCUCCGUCAACUAAAGAAGAAAUAUGUGAUUCUCUUACUUCUCUUUUAAUGCUUGGUGAUCUAUCCAUGAUGCAGGUGCUUGAGGAAUUUUUUAAUGGGAGGAAGGUUGGAUUAUACUGUAUUCUUGGUAGAGAUUAUUCGCCAAACAACGGGAUGAUUAAAUUAAAACCUAAUUUUGUCCUAUCCGUUCGCAAACAGCUUUCACUAGUUAUUAAGCAUAUUUUUUCAACUUUGGAGUAUCUUGAGUUUCUAUUUUUGUCGAAAACUAGUGCUGAAGGAUCCACCUACAAAGGAGCUGUUAAUUCGCGAGUUAAAUUGUUUGGCGAUUGGACAUUCCAAGACUCAUCCAUCUUCUCCAGAGAUCGUCUUUAUACACAUUUACCGAGCGAUGUAUUAACUUUCAAACUGAAGAAUUUUAAAUUUUCAGACGACUUCUCUGAUUCUGAACAAGAAAAACUGUCAGGCUUACUGCGUAAACUUUGGGUUAUUUGGUGGGAUGAUGCUGUUCGAAUUUGCCGAGAAGUUCUGUCGGAAUCAUUAAGUCAUGUUUCUAAUUUCGAAACACUGGUUGAUCUUCGUACAACUGUACUAGUUCUUGUACAACGACUACACGCUGUCCGUUCUUUUGAAAAUGAUUCAAAGCAAAUUGAUAUAGGACUAGUCAAAUUCAAUAUAUGGAUAGAAUUACUGCGUGAUUUAUUCCUACAAAGAUUAGAGAUAUUAUUCUUCGAAAGUUUUGAGAUUAGUUUCAAUAACUGGAUUGUCCAAUUCAAUCAAAUAUUAAUUCGUAAUUCAAAAUUGAAGAGUGAAAAUAACUUAUCAACAAUACUAUCGUCUAAUGAACCCUUUCUUAACAGUCCAAUAGAAAAUGGUCACAUUGACUGGGCUAAUUUCGUUUGGUCAGAUUGUCAAAAAGAUAUCAAUAUGAGUGAUUCGUCCGUUAAACCAGAUUUAUUUUCCUCUGAAAAGUCCAGGUCUGAAGAAACAUCAAAAUCAUCAGACGUUGCCUGUGAUAACAAAGUUUUGUCUCACUUGGUUAAAACCAACAAUGUAGGCUUGGCUGUAUUUUGUUGUCUUUCACAUUCACCGAUCCCUGAUUCAUUUGCUUUGAUUGAAAAUGAAAAUGAACAUGACUUAACAUCAUCGGCUCAAUCAUUAGUAUUUUUGCAAAGAUUGGUCAAUGAAAAUGCCCCACCAUUAUCUGGGAUAAAACUAAAUGGAUACACUGAUCUACAAAAAAAGCUUCAUGUUUUAUUGCCUGAAUUACUAACCUUAUGCGAAAAACUGAAUAUGGUUAUCUCAAAUCAUAUAAUCAAAUUAACUUCAAACGUUGGUCAGGAUUCUUUUAACAUCUGGUCGCUCGUAUUAACGGCGUUAGAAAAAUCAUUAAAACAGUUAGGAAAUUGGAUAGCGAAUAAAGCCUAUGGAAAACAAUGUUUGGAGGAUAAUUAUACAAAUAUUUCAGCACCUUUAAAAGUUCAUCCAUCAUGUGGUAUGCUUCUUUCACGUGCAUGGUAUGCUUUAGUAGAUUGCUGUCCCUCCAUUAUCGCAGCUGCGAUUGCGGCUACCGGACAAAUUGAGUCAACUCAUCCGGUACAUUCUGGAGUCAAGAAUUCUAAUAGUUUAGUAAAUUCUGUCGACAGUACUUCAUCCACAGAAGGUCUAGUAUGGACAAAUAUUUCACUGCUGCGUUGUAAAUGGGAAUCAUUGAGUCAUUCUCUAUUUGAAUUAAUCAACCAGAUCACAUUCGAUUCGUUGUUGGAAGCUACAGUUGGGCAUACAAUUCUUGAAGAAUUUCGUGAUAGUUUACGUUCAACUUUUUUGAUCAAUGUCAAACAUACUGAUGGUGAACUUAAAAAUGAUACAAAAUUGGACUUAGUUUUUGAUAAAAAUAAGGUUGAAAAUCUCUUAAUGAAAUAUACUAACACAGAUGCUAUAUUGAGUGGUAUAAUAGCUUUUGAAGAAUUCCAACUUGAAUUACAUUCUUCUGAACCGAUAGAAGAUGUCGAUCAUAAUUCAGUUGCUGUUGUUCGCAUACCUUCACAACUUUCACUACCAACCCAUCAUUUACUUUUGAAUAUUGUUUACACAAUCGAAAAAUUGCUCGUAUACCAAUCACUUCCAUCACCAUUUAGUCAUCGAUAUUUGUCUAGAGUUUGCGAUACGUUGUUUGAAGUAUACUCCAGUAUUGUCGACGAAUUACAGUCACACCAAAAUAUCUCUAUUCAAUACGCAGACGAUGCAUCCUUAUGGUUUCCUGAUUCUUUGCAAAAGUCGAUACAAUCGCGAGCUUUACAAAUUAUAUUCGAUUUAAAAUUUAUCCAACGUUUAUUAGUUUCGUCUAUUUCUGUUAGUGAAGCUAGUUUUGCUCAGAAAAAUCAAAAGGAUACAUCGUCAAAACUCAUUCAAUCAAUGUUUCAAGAACUCAUAUCUCGUUUAGAAACACUUGUUGAUCCUUUUGAUUGGAAUGUGUGCUCUUCAAAAUUGAGUCGUAAUGUUACGGAUACGAUUACAUCUACAUAUCAUCUGUAUGCGCCUAUACUUGGGUCUAGUUCAUUUGCACAAGUUGAAACGUUGAAAGUGUCAAUAAAUGGUCAGUAUUUCGGAUUGGAAAUUCAUACGCGAGGCAAAUAUAAUUCUCACUUACCACUAUGA